AUGCAAAAACAAAUAAUUCCUCAUACUUCAGGUGCUAAAUCAAUUGCAAGAAGAAGGGCUGAAUUGACGGAAGAGACGGGAAAAGAAGUUAGUAGGGUUCAAAUGUGGGACAUCACUCACAAGAAAAUAGAUGAAAGUUAUGUUAAUGAAAAGGCUAAAGAAAUAGCGGAAAAGAUUGAAGCACAUAGUAGCCAACAACCGAUGGAAUCAACUGUUAAUUCUCCUCUUGAUGCUCUUAGAGUAGUUUUUGGGAAAGAGCACCCUGGUCGUGUUCGAGGUUUAGGUAUGGGAGCUGUUCCAACAAUUGCUUUCAAGAACAACACUACAAGGAUUAGUCAAAUGAAUUUAGGUUCUUCAAAUGAUGUUGGCACAUCAUCUACUUGUGGUCCAAAUGUGCAAGAAGAGUUAGAUGCCGUUAAAGCGCAAUUGCAAGUCUCCUAUAUUGCUUCUAAGGAAGGAGGUAAAAUUCCAAUACAAUUGGCUGGAAUGUUCCCUACUCAACAAGUUUCACAGGUACAUUCAUAUUUUGCUUAUGAUUCAUAUUAUUAAUAUAAUU